AAUCUCCCAUUGGAACUAUUUACAGGUUUCCCAUCCACCAGUCCAUCUUUGCUGACAAAGAGUACUUCUUCAGAGAGGGCAAAGGUUCCAGCCUCUUCUUACACUUCUCAUCGUAUCAGUUCAUUAUUAUAGUGACUAUUAUUCAGAAUAAUCCUUUCUGUGAUUGUAUUCUUACAGCCAUGUUGCCACAAAAAGAGAAGGUAGAGGAACUCAUUAAACAUCGUCAGAAGGAGAUAAAGGACCAGCGGAAAAUCUAUCGCUGGAAGGUGUUUGAAAAGGGAAUGCCGCAUUGCCUAGAAAGCGACACUCUGCCUCUGGAUGAGACUUACUCCUUCAGCAAGAAGGCAGAGUUUGGGUUGACUGCAGCGAUAGAAGGCGCCAAACUUUACUGGACUAAAUUUACUGAGUCUAUGGAUACAUUGACAAACUUGGAUCAAGUGGAAGAUCUGCUCAAGAAUAAUUUGACAAUAACAUCAGAGUAUGUCAUGAAUAACUGGAAGAAGGAUUCUUUCUUUGGCUCUCAGUUUCUGAACGGUCUCAACCCCAUGAUGAUCAGACGCAUCCACUCUCUGCCCCAAAAUCUGUCUGUUGAUGAAAACAUGAUUAUUCCAGGCAGUUCGGACUCUCUGAAAACUGAAAUGAGGAAUGGAAACAUUUUCUUGUGUGACUACUUGAAGCAGAAUCCAGGACCGGACAACCCCGUCUUCCUUCCCUCUGACUCUGAGAAUGACUGGCUGUUGGCAAAGCUGUUUGUGAGAAGUGCAGACUUCAACCUGCAUGAGCUCAACUAUCACCUGCUGCGCACUCACCUGCUGGCUGAGGUUUUUGCCGUUGCUCUAAAAAGAAACUUACCCAGAGUGCACCCUGUUCACAAGAUACUCAUCCGUCACACACGCUACACUCUGCAGAUCAACGUAAAGGCUCGAAAUGACCUCAUCUCCCAAGAUGGAGUGUUCACUGAAUUUACAGCUUCUGGUGGAGCAGGUAUGCUCACCAUCAUGGAGAAAUCUCUCUCCAACCUCACCUACCAGUCUCUCUGCAUACCUGAUGAUAUCGAGGACCGAGGUCUGAACGAUGUGAAAAACUUCUACUACAAAGAAGACGGACUGAAGCUGUGGAACAUCAUGCACAGCUUUGUGGAGGACACUCUCAGCUACUACUAUGGCGAGGACAGUGACGUCAAAGACGAUGAAGAGCUGCAGAACUGGAUCAAGGAAAUCUCUGAACAUGGGUUUCUGAGGGAAGCAAAGACAGAAAAACCCACAACUGGAGAGCAGCCGUCCACAGGAAAUACUGGUUUUUUUCAAUCUUCAGAAAAGCCAGAGAAACCCACAACUGGAGACCAGCCGUCCACAGGAAAUACUGGUUUUUUUCAAUCUUCAGAAAAGCCAGAGAAACCCACAACUGGAAACCAGCCGUCCACAGGAAAUACUGAAAUCCCAAAGAGUUUGGAAACUAAAGAGGAGCUGUUUAAGUUUGUCACCAUGGUGAUGUUCACCUGCUCUGCACAGCAUGCAGCCGUGAACUCAGGACAGUAUGACUUUUAUGGCUGGAUGCCCAACGGCCCCCCCACCAUGCAGGAGCCCCCACCCACCGAAAAGGGCACUGUGACUGAGGAAAGGAUCCUGAAGACACUCCCUGGCAUUUCAAUAAUAAUUCUGGGCAUGGCUACUUCCUGGGUGCUCAGCAUGCAGGCCCAUGAUUCAAGCUUCCUCCCUGAUUUCAAACGGAAGUACUUCACCGAACACAUGCCUUGUGACAAAAUAGGAAUCUUCCAAAAGAAGCUCUUGAAGCUGAGUAAAGAAAUCAACAAAAGAAACGAAGGCGCGGACCUGCCGUACACCUACCUGGACCCAAAGCUGGUGGAGAACAGUGUGAGCAUCUGAAGUGAAGAUGUGCAGGUCUGGAGGGACGCUCCACUUCAGCCUAAGAUUAAUGAUCAAAUGUUUCUAGAUCUCUCUUUUUCACUCUAUAAAUGUGUGAUUAAAUCUACAUCAGUUUAUUGCACCUCUGACUUUUAUUCUUUGUUUUCUUGUGAAACUACUGACAAACAAUAAACAUUAAGAGAA